GAUUUGUUACCGGGAUUUGAAAGUUCGCGGAAUUGCCGAUUGCCGCCGAUUAGAUGUUACAUAUUUAUUCUGCGUGACGAUAAAAGAUAAAAAAGGGAAUAGAACAUCUCACCGGCCGGAAUUGACCAGAACGCUAUAGAAUGGAUAGCAAGGUUCCGAGAAAUUAUUUCGUCAACUGUACGUAUCGACCGAAACGUCGUACCCCACUCGAAUCAUACAUGCGACGUUUAUCUUUACAAUAUGUUUAUCCUGAUAAUAGUACUGUAAUUAAUAAGCAAAUUAUGGCUAAGAUCUAUACUAUAUCUGUGCUAUAUACACCAUCUGUAUCUAAACAUCAAAGAUCCAUAAAAUUAACAACUUCUGGAAAAACAGAAUUGAAAAAAAACUUUCAAUCGUCUAAGUUGGAACAAGAAAAAAAAAAAUUUUCUUGUACAUUGAUAUCUCUUAUUGUUAAUAUAUUAGUAAUAAUUAUCAUUUGCAGUAUAAUUAUAUACAUAAUGAAAAAAAAUACUAUACAACCCAUAAACAAUCAUACCUCAGUACUAUUUAAAUUUGUUGAGAAUAUUAAAACUGUAUAUUAUAAUCAAGAGUUAAAUAUUUGGAAUAAUGUUUCAUAUGCAAUAAGUAAAGUGAUAUCAAAAGCAAGUAGAAAGAUACCUUUGAUCAUUCUAUUAUUUUCAAAUGAAACAACUACAAUGGAUUCUUUAGCCAUAGCACUGGCAUAUGCAAGCAGUAAUGUUUUAAAUGUUGAUAAUCCCUUGUGCUUGAAUCCAGAAAAUUUUGGAAACAAUGCUGGUGAGAUCAUUGACAUAUUGGAAGAACGAUUCCCAGCAAAAAAAGUUGUGGUAAUUCGCGAUAUAUUGAAUAUUAAUACAAAAGCAAUAAUGGCACUAUAUAAUUUGUGUGAUAGAAUAAAUCAUUUACCUGGAGGGGCUGUUUACAUUCUAACCAUGCAAAUUGAUAAUUAUCAAUUAUCACAGGAAAAGCUGGCUUUUGUCGAGAAACAGAUUUAUCAUAAACUGUUAAAUAGCAUUGAUCGGGAUAUUUUAAUGAAAUUCAUAAUGUGCAUUACACAUGGUGUCAUUAUACCAGUACAACCUGAACCGCAAUUAAGAUAUUGCUAAUUUAUCCGAGUUUCACUAAAAUGCAGAAUGCUUUCCAAGUAUUUAGAUGUGAUAUUAUAUAGUUGAAUAAUAAUUUAUAAAAUGUUAUGAAAUGUUAUUAUGAAACAAGCUGAUAUAUAUAUGAAAGAUAAGUAUUUUUCAUGAUGUUGAAGUAUCUGUCUUAAGAGUUUCAGAGUUAUUACCGCAUUAUGUUAGAUUAUUUCAAAAUUGUAAAGUUAUACAAAGAUAAACACAGUUUUUCUCGUAUAAAUAAUUUUUAUAAUGGAAGAAAAACUUUAGUAACAGUUUAUGGCUUUAUUCGUGUAAUUGGCAUACAUCAUUCAUAUUUCUUUAUUCUAAUGAUUUAUUUUACACAAGAAUUGAUUAUUUAUGAUUUUUCUUUUCUCAUAGUAUCAAAAUUUUAAAAGUAACUAUAAUAUAUCGAAUUAAUGAAUAUUUUCAAUAUAAAUCAUCCAAAUUUAAUUUUUUUUUUUUUGCA